UGAGAGCCUCUAUAAGGUGAGGUGCUGGAUGGGAGAUUCUCUCAUCUCACUGGAGCUGGGUGGCACCGGGAGCUUAGCCUUUGAGAAGCCACAAAGAGAGAGAAGCUGACUGGUGCAAAUCUCAAUGCACUCACUUUAGACUCCCGGCUGGCUUUGCUUAACACACACACACACACACACACACUGACAGACAAGCAAAUAGGUAGAGACACACAGUGAAGAGACACUGUUAGCAUAUUGUGCAGGUAGACUUUUUUUGGAGAGUUUUUUUGGAUUUAAGAGUGUCAGUACAGCUGUUGAUCUUUGCUGCAGAUUUUUCUUACUUCAGCACCGGAUCACUGAAGCUAUCACUUGGAUCUCUACAUAACAUCUGGAAAAUCAGUAUAUUUUUGCCAACAUAAUCCAAAAAGAGGAAUGUUUUCUAUGGAGAAUCUAGUGAAGAAGACACUCAUCGUUGCUUUACUGGCGUUUUUGGGCUCAGCACUGGUGGUGGAGGGCGGCUGUCCGGCUCAGUGCUCCUGCCCCCCCUCCCCUCCCUCCUGCCCUAUGGGCGUGAGCUGGGUGACGGACGCCUGCGGCUGCUGCAGAGUGUGCGCUCAGCAGUUCAACCAGGACUGCGGCCCCAACCUGCCCUGUGACCACAUCAAGGGCCUGCACUGCCACCUGGGGGCCGGGGGCGACCCGGAGCGGGGCCUGUGCCGAGCCCAGGCCCAGGGUCGGCCGUGCGAGUUCAACGGUCACGUUUACCAGCACGGGGAGGACUUCCAGCCCAGCUGCCAGCACCAGUGCAGCUGCAUGGACGGCGUGGUGGGCUGCAUGCCCCUGUGCCCGCACCAGGUGCCACUGCCCGACUGGCGCUGCUCCAGCCCCAUGCUGGCCACCCUGCCCGGGCGCUGCUGCCAGGAGUGGGUGUGUGACGACAGCAACCACAUCAGCGAGGAGCCGCGGGAGCCUGGGCAGACGUCUCUCCCCACAAACCACAUCAGCAAGCACCUCCCAACACACCACCGGCCGAGCACCGGCUUCUCCUUUCAAGAGUGGUUGUCUCUUCCCGUAGCCCGUGUGAUAGUCCCCCAGACCGCCUGUUUCCAACAGACCACUGAAUGGUCCGAGUGUUCUGCCACGUGUGGCUUUGGCGUCUCCAGCCGAGUCACCAAUGAAAACCCAGAGUGCCGCCUGGUCAAAGAGACACGGUUUUGCCAGAUUCGGGAGUGUGGUGUUACUGGUGCUGUCAAGAAAGGGAAGAAGUGUCGGCGCACCGUGCGUCCUCGGGAACCGGUGAACAUCACGUUCGCCGGCUGCACCACGGCCCGGCGCUAUCGGCCGCGCACUUGCGGCUCCUGUGUGGACGGCCGCUGCUGCUGGCCCGCUCAGAACCGCACUGUUCGCCUGCGCUUCCAGUGCCCCGACGGCGAGAGCGUCACCCGCAGCGUCAUGUGGAUCCAGCGCUGCCGCUGCAGCCGGAGCUGCCCGUCCCCCGACGCCGGCGUCCAGGCCGGGCCCUCGGUCAGCCUGCACAACGACAUCCACACCUUCCAGGGAUCACCAUCGCUGGAAUAAAACCAGCCAGUCCUGCCAACACCUCCCCCCCACCCCCAACCCAAUCCUGGACAGGCUAGGAGCCUGGCUUGCCUCUCUGUGACUGAUGGAUGACUAGAGUGUCCACUACCUUACAGCAGACCACCAGUGGAGGAAGCACUGCCUCUCGUGUGGUUGAGCCCUUCUCCACAGAGCACUGGCCUUCAUCUAUGUCAAGAACAGCCCCCCCCCCCCAAAGCUAACCUUUGAUAAGAUGUUAAGAUUAUUCGCUUGCACUUUACGUUUCUUCCCAUUUGGAAGUUCUUCUCCCUCCCUCGCCUCUUGUGGAAUGUUUUCCAUGUGGAGUCCUAUCAUCUGUAGCUGGACUCUGCACUGCACAACUAAGUGCUGACGGUUCACAGACUAAACCUGCUAUCACGGAGGCAGUCCAGAGUGCGGUGCGUUGCCCUCAGACUGAUGAAUGGCAAACCCUAUAUCAUCUGAUAUGUGUCUGUGUAUGUGUCCAUAUUACUGUUGUUUCUUUUGGUCCGACACUCUUCUAAUUUAUUGCUCUUAAAUUUUGAGUUCCUCCAAUACUGGAGGAAAGGCAGAAUAUUUAGGUAUUUGUAGACUUCCCAUCAGCUUGGAUGGGCAAAUAAUGAAGUGCACUAAAUUCCCUUUCCAAGUGGGUGUCCACUGAGGUGCUCUUAGGUGAUGUUGGUCUUGAAUGUGCAUUUGAACGGCAGGAUGAAGAGCUGAUUGGAUGGUAAAACACUACGGAUUUUGGGGAUUCAUAAAUUUACUGACUCAUUUGUUAAGUGUUUCUGUCUGUUUCGUCAAUGCAGUUCUCUAAUUAUUGACCAAUGUUGGCACUGCACUGCCUUCUGCUGGGAGUAUGUUAAUACAGCAUAUAAGGGUGUGGUCGUGUA